AUGGAGCCUGAAUUCCCGCUGUCAUACAAAGUCGCCCAGUUCGAUGCAGAGGGCGAAGAAUUGUGCAUCAGAACCAUUCCGCUAGAAUAUCCGAAGCACGGAGAAAUUCUAGUGAAAGUGCUUGCAUGCGGCGUCUGUCACUCCGAUGUUCUCGUGAGGGACGGAGUAGCUGGAAACUCAUUUCCCAUAGUACCCGGCCACGAAAUAGUUGGCAACGUACAAGCCCUUGGACCAGGCGUGAAGAACUUCAAAAUCGGAGAGCGGGUUGGAGGGCUGUGGCAUGGGGGCCAUGAUGGUGUUUGCAGGGAAUGCAAUCGGGGUGAUUUUCAGCUGUGCGAUAAUGAAGAGGUCAAUGGCGUGACAAGACCUGGAGGAUAUGCCGAGUACUGUGUCCUUCGAGUGGAAGCAGUGGCUCGACUACCCAACGACAUUGAUCCAGCAGAAAUAGCCCCUCUCCUCUGCGCAGGCGUGGCCACGUUCAACGGGAUCCGGAAAAUGGAAAUCACCGCGGGCGAUCUAGUUGCGAUACAUGGCCUUGGUGGCCUGGGACAUCUGGCAGUGCAGUUCGCAAGUAAGCUUGGAUAUAAAGUGGCAGCCCUAUCCAGCAAACCUAAGAAAGAAAACAAAAGCGACUUCCCGACGGCCCUGCAGGAACUAAGCGGCGCUGCGCUGGCUAUCUUGAGCGCUCCGAUCCCAAGAUACGUUCAGCCGCUGAUGCGAGGGUUGGCGCCGCGUGGGAGGCUGCUUAUUUUAUCACCCGUUGGCGAGUUCAAGGCGGACUCAGCCUUGAUGACCCGUCGAGCGCUGUCAAUCUCAGGCUGGUCAACGGGGCAUGCUCUUGAUGCAGAAGAGGCUAUAGAUUUUGCGAGGACGCAUGGUGUCAAGUGCCUGAUUCAGAAAUAUAGGCUAGGUGAUGUGAAUAAGGCGAUGGAUGAUUUGCUACACGCAAGAGUACGGUUUCGGCCGGUAUUGGUUAUGGACUGA